GGGUGUACGUGCUGACGCAGUCCGGGUGGGUCGGGUCGGGGCCAGCGUCAUCUGUUCAAGACAAAUAUCUUUGGUUCAAGCUGCUGAUCGUCGGCGACAGAGACAGAGACAGAGUAGCUACAUCAUUAUUAUCGGAGCGGAUUUCAAGAUUCGGACGGUCGAUGUUAAUGGGGAGAAGGUGAAGCUGUAGAUCUGGGAUCCCGCUGGGCAAGAACGAUUCCGUACAAUCACGUCUACAAGCUGCCCGACCCGCUGAGUGACUCCAGCAUUGUGCGACCUUCUUCCCAUGAUGCAUGCCGCCCCCACGUGACUCGGCGCAAUGGCACGGGUUUAGGAGCCGUUGCUUUGAGGGCGGCCAGGGUGCCGGUGAGCCCCCCUCCCAUCUGCUCGGUGUGCGGGCUGAGCUUCGAGGGGCUGAGCUUCAAUGGAGGACCACAUGGCGGGGCACAACAAGGAGAAACGUUAUGAGUGUGAUGUGUGUGGCAAGGCCUGGCAGUUCCCAAGCCUGCUGGAGGCCCACCGGCGGGUGCACACGGGAGAACGCCCCUUUGACUGCUCCACAUGCGGCAAGACCUUUACCCAGUCGUCGAGCCUGCAGGUGCACCAGCGGGUACACAGCAGUGAGCGGCCCUUCACCUGCUCCGACUGCGGCAAAGGCUUCAAGUCGUUGACAGACCUGAAGCAGCACCGGCAUGUGCACACCGGGGAGCGGCCCUACACCUGCAAUGACUGCGGCAAGGGCUUCACACGCUUCGGCAACCUGCUGGUGCACCAGCGCACCCACACUGGAGAGCGCCCCUACACCUGCACCCAGUGCGGCAAGGGCUUCACCCACUCCAGCAACCUGUUGUAUCACCAGCGCACCCACACCGGAGAGCGUCCCUAUACCUGCGCUCAGUGCGGAAAGGGCUUCACCCAGUCCAGCAACCUGCUCGAGCACCAGCGCACCCACACCGGCGAGCGGCCCUACACCUGUACCCAAUGCGGCAAGGGCUUCACCAGCUCCACCAGGCUGCUGUCCCACCAGCGGGUGCACGCCGGCGACCGUCCCAUCCGCAGACUGGUGUGUAGAGAGCGCUUUGCCAUGGCCUCCCACACCGUGUCUCACCAGCACGUGCACACCAGUGGCCAGCCCUACAACUGCCCGUACUGCGGUGAGGCGUUUGACAGCUCGCGGGAGUUGCGGAAGCACCGGCGGGCCCACGCCGGCGAGCGGCUGCUCCCACUGCAGCAAGCGUUUCAAGAGCAUACGGAGACUGCGGGAGCACCAGCGGAUACACACAGGAGGGAGACCCUUUGUGUACGCUGAGUGUGGCAAGGGUUUUACACACAUGUCCAGUCUGUGGCAGCACAGGUGUACCUUCAGCGUUGAGUUUCCCUUCACCUGCCCAUCCUGUGGUAAGGGCUUCACCCGGCUUGACCACCUGCUGGAGCACCGGUGGCUCCACAUCAGCCAGUGCCCCUUCACCUGCCCGCUGUAUUGCAAGGCCUUUGCCCACACCUCCAGCCUGCUGGCACACCGCAACAUUGUUAGGCGCUGUUUAGGUACACACAAAAAGCUGGAAGGGAUGGGUAAUACUCUAGUCGAGACCCUUCUUCAGCCUCGACCCGAAAAAUCACCCAUUCUCUCCAGAGAUGCUGCCCGUCCCGUUAAGUUACUCCAGCAUUUUGUGUUCUUUUUUGAAAACCAGCAUCUGCAGUUCCUUGAUUUUAAGCCAUUCUGGUUGACCAUCUCUGCACCUUCCCCAAAGCCUCCACAUCAGUCCUGUAAUGGAGUAACUAGAACUGUAUACAAUACUCCAAAUGCUACCUGACCAAUAUCCCUUAAAGCUGCACAUAUACAUUCCUCUCUCCUUAUCUCACACCCUUUUACCUCCUUAUUUUCUCUCGUCUCUGUCACUUACUCCACUCAUCUGCCGAUCACCCCCUCAUCUGUUAACAUAGUGUCAGUCUGAAGAAGGGUCCCGACCCGAAAUGUCACCUAUCCAUGUUCUCCACAGAUGCUGCCUGACCCGCUGAGUUACUCCAGCACUCUGAAACGUCACUUAUCCAUGUUCUCCACAUAUGCUACCUGACCCAUCGAGUUACUGCAGCACUUUGUGUUAGAGUGAUACAAUGUGGAAACAGGACCUUCGGCCCAAGUUGCCCACAGCGACCAACAUGUCCCAGCUACACUAGUCCCACCUGCCUGCGUUUGGUCCAUAUCCCCCCCAAACUCGUCCUAUCCAUGUACCUGUCCAACUGUUUCUUAAACGUUGGGAUAGUCCCUGCCUCAACUACCUCCUCCGGCAGCUUGUUCCAUACACCCACCCAAAAGUUACCCCUCAGAUUCCUAUUGAAUAUUUUCCCUUCACUUUGAACCCAUGUCGCCUGACCCUCGAUUCCCUCACUCUGGGCAAGAGAUUAUGUGCAUCUAACUAAAUUGUGUUCGAUGCAGGAUUCCAGCAUCUGCAAUUUUUUGUGUCUCCUUCACCUUUAUCCACCUAUCACUUCUGAAGAGGGGUCUCAACCUGAAACGUCACCCAUCCCUUCUCUCUAGAGAUGCUGCCGGUCCCGCUGAGUUACUCCAGCAUUUUGUGUCCGCCUAUCACUUGCCAGGCUUUAUCCCGCCCCCAUCUCUCUUUUCCAGCUUCUUUCCCCCACCCUCUCCAAUCAGUCUGAAGAAGGGCUCCGACUCUAAACGUUGUUCCAGGUGCGACAGAGGUUCACCUGCAUCUCCUCCAACCUCAUCUAUUGCAUCCGCUGCUCUAGAUGUCAGCUGAUCUACACGGGUGAGACCAAGCGUAGGCUUGGCGAUCAUUUCGCCGAACACCUCCGUUCGGUCCGCAUUAACGAACCUGACCUCCCGGUGGCUCAGCACUUCAACUCCCCCUCCCAUUCCAUAUCCGACCUCUCUGUCCUGGGCCUGCUCCAUGGCCAGAAUGAGCACCACUGGACGGAAUUGGAGGAACAGCACCUCAUAUUCCACUUGGGGAGUCUGCAUCCCGGUGGCAUGAACAUUGAAUUCUCCCAAUUCUGUAAGCCCUUGCUGUCUCCUCCCCUUCCUAGCUCUCUCUCAGGCCUCUGGCUCCUCCUCCUUUUUUCCUUUCUUCUCCCCGCCCGCUCCCCCCCCCCCCCCCCCAUCAGUCUGAAGAAUGGUUUCGGCCCGAAACGUUGC